AUGACAUCUAGAUUCGGAUACACACAUACAGACCUCCCUUCUGCUGAUCCGCAGGACGGUUCCAUUGAAGCGGGUGCGUUCAAGGCCUUAAAAGGGGAAGAGAUGUAUAAGAUACAAGAGCAAAAUUCUUGUACCGAUGAGACCAGUAAGGAUGAUGAUCUUGAUUCAGAUGCAGAAAUGAAUUUGGAGGUUGACCAAGAUGAACAAGAUAGCGAAAAACACCCUCCCAACACUUUGUUGAGAGGAGAAUUGACUUUUACCAAAAAGAGAUUGGUCGGUUUGAUAAAAAGCAAAAAAAUAACUCAGAGCCAAUCUGAAAAACCUGAAGAAUGA